UCAUCCUAAAUCCAUUCAAAAAACCUUGGCACCUGUUUUUUUUUUUGUAGACCUGUUAUUUUUACCUCUACUUGGGUAAAUGAAAAAGUAUUUGGGAUAAUAAAUGCCGCUAUUAAAUACUCGUAACAUCACCAGGCGUAUGUAAUACUCGGCACAUGAUCAGAAAAACUUUCGUCGGAUAGCCUACGAAGUGUCCCACGCACGAUUUAGUAGUUCUCGCCUACUUCUGUAUCAUAUCAUGUCAGAUUAAGUCGCAGUAAAGACAAUUUUUCUUAAGGUCUCUGGCUCCCCCUAGUGUCCUAUCCAAGGGAAUUUUAAUAACCGCUUAAGCGCUGUUAUUUGUCCAUAUUACCAUGGUACACUGAUUAAAGGACGAACUUCGUUUUCUAUUGUAUAUUCAAUAUCCCGUAAAACCGCACAACUGGCCUUCCUGAGCGACUAAAAUCCCAAAUUUCUGGUUGUUUCCAAAAUGAGUGUUGCGUGUGUGUAUAUAUAGGUAUCAACCGCCAUUCUGCUGAGAAAUUCUUGUCCAUAUUAUUUAUCUGUAUUGGUGAUAUGUAAUACAAGAUUACUGACGGAAUUACGAACAAACCACGUUCCUCUUGCGAAUAUUACAUAAGUAUCGACUUUGUCUAAGUUUACUAUAGUGUUACAUCAAAAUCUUAAUAUAGACGGGGCUGGCUGCCUUGGAGCUGAAAUCAGUGCGGUGCCACCACAGCCCACACACCAAAUAAAUGCUUAUUCUGUAUUGUAAUCCUGUUCUCCCUCAUUUUAAAAAGUAAACGACAAUUAGACAUCGCGACGGAAGAUUAACAUUAGUUGCGUGGACAUGCUAAAGCGGUGUCCAAUAUAAGCAUAAGGGGGAAGAGCGCAGGCGCACGGCAGCUGUGCGCUGCAGACCGAGCGGCGGCGGCGGUGGGGGCGGCCGGGGAGCAGCCACGGGACCGCGCAGGAGCGCAGCAAGCACAGCGGCGACUGUCAGCCUAGAAAUACGGGGGGCCUUCGGAUCACGGCUCUACCUGCACCCACAUACCCAAAGUAAAUAUUUCAGCUGUUUAUUCCAGAACAGCCAUUUUAAAGUUCUGAAGUGUAUAACCGUGACGUCAAUGCAGUUCUGAGUACCUGGAGUGCUCUGCACUGAGUCUGAAGAUCUCUCUGGUUGCACUGCAGCUGGAGGAUGGCGGUGAAUGUCUACUCCACGUCCGUAACCAUCGAGAACCUGAGCCGGCAUGACAUGCUGGCUUGGGUUAACGACUCCCUGCAGCUCACCUACACCAAGAUCGAGCAGCUCUGCUCAGGUGCGGCUUACUGCCAGUUCAUGGACAUGCUGUUUCCGGGCUGCGUACUCCUGAAGAAAGUGAAAUUCCAAGCCAAACUGGAACACGAAUACAUACACAACUUUAAAGUGUUACAAGCAGCUUUCAAAAGAAUGAAUGUUGACAAAAUAAUCCCUGUAGAAAAGUUAGUGAAAGGAAAAUUCCAGGACAACUUUGAGUUUGUGCAGUGGUUCAAGAAGUUCUUCGACGCCAAUUACGACGGGAAGGAGUAUGACCCCUUACAGGCUCGGCAAGGCCAAGAUGUGGUCCCGACCCUCAAUCCAGGUGAACACAUUUCCCACAAACCCAAGAAACCUUGUGGCACCCCAGUCCCACAGAGGACGUCCCCGACAGUACCCAAAAAUAUGCCCACCCCACAAAGAGCGCUCAACACUACUUCUAUGAGGAAGAACCCCCCGAUCACUCGGAAUGGCGGUAGCGAUGCAGAGAUCUUGGAGCUAAAUCAACAGCUGAUGGAGUUGAAGCUGACCGUGGACGGCCUGGAAAAGGAGCGGGAUUUCUACUUCAGCAAAUUGCGAGACAUCGAGCUUAUCUGCCAAGAGCAUGAAAAUGAAAACAACCCAGUCAUCACCAAGAUCAUCGACAUUCUCUAUGCUACGGAGGAUGGCUUCGCUGCACCUGAAGAUGAAGACAAUGAUGAGCAGCCACACUUGGACCCAGAUGAAUACUAAACCCUCAGUCCCUACCACUCUUCUCCAUCCAUCACUGCUUCUCUCUUGUCUCUCUUUGAACUUCCUCAUCCUCAAGACCAUUGCACGUGUCGCUUCCAUCCCUGCCCCUCUUCCUCUUCCUCUCCAUCCCCGACUCUCUUUGUGCGCUCCACGUUGACUUCCUAGGACGAACGGCUGUUUUCCCGUCCCAUCGCACACAGAGUAGCGACAUCAGCAAGCUGAAAGUGUUUCGGCAUGGCGAGUUCAGAGACGAAUGAUGUAAAAUCAAGGCAAUAGGGAUAUGGUUAGACUGCGGACUGAGCUGUAAAUAUUUUCGAGAGAAAAGACUGGAAAGCUUGUAUCCCCCAAAUACAGGUAACCCACUUCCCUGAGAUUUGUUUUCUCAGCUCUGGAAGUUCAUGCCAUAUAGAGAUCCUCUUUUUUAACGUCAAGUGCGCAACCCUCAUCCCAUAGUCUAGCCAUCGAUACUGUACGAAAA